CUUUUCGUUGGGUGCCUACCGUAUAGUAAGACGACGCUCGACUUGGCGCAAUUGUUCGGACAGUUUGGUCCGAUCCUUGAGGUUGCCUUGCUUACUAAUUCUGAGGGGAAGUCCAAGGGUGCUGCUUUUGUUACAUUUGCUUACGCUCCUGAUGCUGAGGCUGCGAUGUCUAUGAAUGAGUAUUGUUUUCCGGGCUCAUCACGAUCUAUCAACGUAUCAUAUGCUACCAAUCAGACAUGGGUGCCUGGUGGUAUGGGCAAUAGCAACAACAACAAUGGUCGUAAUGCCCUCUCUAGAGGGCAAGGAGGCAACGUCUCAAGGACCGGUGGCGGCGGGGGCGGUGGGGGCACUCAGUCGUACUUCCCCCUCAAACACGGCAUUCCUGGUGCUGCUGGAAGCCCACCCUUGAUGUUUACUUCUAAUCGUAAUCCAACAGUGAGCUCAGUAGCAAGCACAGCGUAA